UAGGUGGUCUGGAGGAAACAGACGUCUUCUUAGAGCCUUCAGCUCAUUUGAGUCUGACAGGAAAGAUUAGAACAGUUUUCGAGCUGGUGUCUGACAAAACUAAAUUUAUUUCCAAAUUUAUCCUCACUGAUGGUCUCACAGCAGGAAAAUGCCUGAAGCUGAAGUUCUUUACUCUGAUAUUAAGUUCAAGAAAGCGAGGGGAAAAACAGACGUGGCCACACCCUCUACGGAUGAACACACUUAUUCCGAAGUCAAGACCUCAAAAGCUCAGCGUCCUGCAGAGCAGCCAGCAUCAAACAGGCGAUCGGGGGUCACAUCGGAGCGAGUGGCCCUGCUGGUCCUCAGUGUUCUCCUGGCAGCUGCUGUUACAGCUCUUGGUGUAACCCUUUAUGAAAAUACUCAAACCAAGAAGAGUCUCCAAAAGAGUCUCCAAAAGCUUCAAGAUGAGGCAAAAAAUCUAACAGAAAUACUCAGUAAGACAAAGGCGUACAAAGUGGAGCAGCCAUGUCAACCUCCUUCAGUAAGAGAGCAAACAUGUCCGAGGUGCGAGAACGGCUGGGAGCCACAUGGAGGAAAGUUGUACUUCUUCUCCUCCUUUACUUUAAGCUGGAAUGAGAGUAGAAGACAAUGCAAAUCAAUGGGAGGAGACCUGGUUGUGAUAAACAGCAGAGAGGAGCAGAGAUUCCUGGUGUCUAAAGUGAGUGAAAAAAUGGAGACUGAUGAGGUAAAGUUCUGGAUCGGACUGACAGACUCAGAGGAAGAGAGUGAAUGGCUUUGGGUGGACAACACACGACUGAAUGCAAGUUUGACGUUUUGGCGUAAGGGCGAGCCAGACAACUGGAAAGGGCCUGAUCCUGAUAGAAAGACCAAUCCUGAUGGAGAGGACUGUGUGAGGAUGGGGGAGAAAAACGGAAAAAACGAUCUGCAGAUCUGGCUCGAUAAAUUCUGCAAAUCGCGUCAAAAAAGUAUUUGUGAGAAACCAGAAAAAGCAUGAGCUGAAUCCAGUUGGAUCAGAUUGAGCUCGAGUCCUCAGCCACUUUCACAAACUGAGGCAUGAAGCUUUAUUAAUGAAGAUCUUCUACAGACAUAAACCACUUUGAAUAAUAUCUAGAGUCUCAUAUGUUCUUCAGUUUCCUUCUUAUUUUAAAUUGACGUCUCCUCCCUCAUAUAAAAUCUAUGAAUAUUAAAGAUUAUAUAUAAUA